CGGCGGCGGCGGCGCGGGGCGGCCAUGGCCCGCUGGGGCCCCGCUCAGGAGCCGGACUGGGGGCCGGAGCCCUGGCAGCAGGUGCCCCCGCAGGCCCCCGGCCACGUCCCCGUGCCGGUGCCGGUGCCGGUGCCGGUGCCGGAGGGCGAGAAGCAGCUGCAGGUGCCCGAGAUCUCCCUGUGGACGGUGGUGGCCGCGGUGCAGGCCGUGGAGAGGAAGGUGGAGUCGCAGGGCCUGAGGCUGCUGAGCCUCGAGGGGCGAGCGGAGACGGCCGAGAAGAAGAUCACGGACCUGGAGAAAGCGGUGCUGGAGUUCGGCAGCCAGCUGGAGAGGAAGUGGGCCGCGCUGGCCUCCCUCGUGCAGGAGAACACGCGGCGCCUGGAGAACGUGGAGCGCCAGCUGCAGAACAGGAGCGGCUGGCCCCGGAGAGCCGCCCCGGGCCCCAACGGCGGCGUGCCCCAGGUCCCAGCGGCUUGUGAGGAUGAUGCCAUCAGUCUGCCCGAGCAGGAGUGGGGGAGCUUGGACACCCGGCAGAAGGAGCUCUACAAGAUCGCGACGAAGGGGAUUUAUGAGGCUGUGGUCUCUCUUGGACCGGGUGACACCAGCUCCAAACCUGCUCUGCCGUCGCCAGGUGAAGCCGGGGAGGACUCGGGUCCCAGGACUCAGGGGCUGCCGGAGAAGGGAGCCGUCCCUGGGCACCGCGGCUCUGGUGAGAAGAUCGUGAUCAAGACAGAGGAGCAGCAGCCACAGGAGGAAAGAUCUGAAAUCCCGGCUGGGCCACGGACAUCCUCAGCAAGACUGGAAGAGGAGGCUCCCCCGAGCCAAGAGCAGCCAGUGCCCUGGGAGAGUCACUCCAGCUCAGAUGAGCGGAAGGGAAUGGGAGACAGCCUAGGGGAGCUCUGCAAGCACCACGCCGCCCAGCCCGAAUUCAAGCCCCUGCUUGUCCCAGCGGAAGCGCGCCCUGCCCCAGGCUUGUCCUUCCCAACAGAGCACGGGCACAGCGUUGGGACUGAGCAGCAGUUCACCUUGCCCCAGGGAAUCCAGCUGGGAGAGGAAACCAGCGCAGCAGCUGCCUUGUCACAGCCCAGCUUGGAGGAGGCUCGGCCGUGCGCCGCGGGGGAUGAGCCCCGCAUGUUCGCGCUGGGCUGGAAGAGCAUCCGGCUGAAGCGGAACCUCCUGGCGCGGCAGCAGAGCCACACGAGGAAGAACAACGGGUCGUUCAUCUGCGCCGCCUGCGGGAAGAGCCUGGCCCACCACGCUGCGCUGCUGCGGCACCAGCGCCUGCACACGGGCGAGCGCCCCUUCCAGUGCCCUGCCUGCGGGAAGAGCUUCAACGAGAAGUCCAACCUCAACAAGCACUACCGCAUCCACACCGGGGAGCGCCCCUACCGCUGCUCUGCCUGCGGCAAGGGCUUCAUCCAGAAACAUCACCUCCAGAAGCACCAGCGCAUCCACGGGGUGCAGCUGCGGGGCGGGUGGACAGGCCGGCCCGCACGGGCCAGCGCGGCCGGGGAGAGGCUCUACCGCUGCAUCGAGUGUGCGGAGAGCUUCCCCCAGCAGGCGUCCCUGGAGGAGCACCAGCGCCGGCACACGCAGCAGCGACCCUUCCAGUGCACCGGCUGCAGCAAGAGUUUCCGGCACCGGCAGUCUCUGAACCACCACCAGAAGAUCCACGCAGUUACCAACUGUCCUGGGACUAGCUUGCUGAACCACCACCAGGAGCCGGAGACCAGCCCCUGCAAGGGAUUGACCCAGGAUAAUCCGUAGCACAGGGGCUGGAGAAGGGAAGGGGCAGCGGGAUUGCAGGCUGCUCCGCAGAAGUGCAGUGGUUUGUGGUGACAGGACACACCACGUGCAAGCGCAGCUGGUGCUGCAGAGCUCUGCCCGGCUCUCCCUGGACUCUGCCUUGCAAGACGAGGACAGAGGGAAUCUGAUGUGCUGCCCAGGCAGAGCAACGCGCUGCGGGGUGAAGUGACAAAGCAGCGGAGGUUUGGCAGCAGCGGGCAAAGUCACAUCGUGCUGCUGCCUUACGGAAGGGGCAGCGGAGGAUCAGCUGCUGCGUGUUCGACACGGUGUAGCGGGGAGUGGUGCAGUUGAACUCAGGGUUACCUAAGUACAACCAGCUACAAGAUCAACUGGGGGUGUUCAGCGGCCCUCGGAAAAGCUGUUGCUGUGGGCGACAGCUGGGGCCGUCAGACAAAUUGGGAAGAGGCUUGGAUAAAA